UCGCAAAGAACUCUUGGAUAUAGGUCAAAAAGAAGUGAACAGAACUUGGUGGCAACCACCAUUAAGUUUUGAUUCAUGGACGCCUGUCCAAUCUUGGUCACUGAUCCUGCAAUGGAAGCAGACUUUGACUCAAGAGAUAAAUUUAGAGAGAGAGAAACUAGGAACUAACUUUUACCUGCAGCUCCAGAUACCUGUCUGAAAUCCUUGCAUCCUGUUAUGAGUCAAGUGCUCAGGUAUUCUUAAUGAGGGAAAAAGUGAUCUAGCGUACUCUCAUGUAAUCUGCCAUACUCUUAUCUGUUUUCCUACUCUUCAACUCGAUGGUCAAAGUCGAUAGUGCCCCUCUCUACUUGACCAAUGAAAAUCCUCUCUACUUGACCAAUCAAAACGUUCCUUUACUUGACCAAUAAAAAAAAGCGCGGUUUAUCUCUCUCUCCUGUCCAGGUGGAUUUUCUUAAUUAGUUUUAAUUUUUCUCUCUCCUCCCUAAUUGUCUCUCUCGACGGACGGCGAAGAAAGUGAAUGAAAGCUAGAGCGAUCAUUCGGAGUUUCUAUUGUAAAGAAGAUUGCGGCGAGCGUGGGUGCUGUAAUUGACCCCCAACCCAGGUCAGAUAAACUUCAGUUAAAGCAUUGUCUUGCUCUGUAUCUUAUAACUCAAUCCCAUCAUAAAGGACUCGAAUGAAUGAACUCAAUGCGGCUCGUUAGGUUGGGAUUUUUAGACAGUAGAUUUCAAAUAUAUGGGUCUUUGUGUUGUCAAUUGAGAGCUGUAUGGUGUGUUUGUAAUCAAAGUCAACAAGAAAUGUCGGGAAUCAAAGCUGAAAUCCAGAAUUAAAAGGGUGAAACUGGUAGACUAUAAAAGUGUAAAUAGGUGAAACUUUACUGUUGAGAAAAAGUGUAAACAAGUAUAAUUUAGUAGGACUUUAAUAGCAAAAUUGUAUAACUAGGAUUAACUUUAAUUGUAUACUUUUAUUUGGUACAACAGAUAAUGGGUUAUUCUUCUACAAACAUACACUUUGACUAUGAUGGACAAUAUGCGAAAUCUGGAGAUGAUUAUGAAUGGAUUCAAGCGAUGGUCGUUUGUAUGGUAUAUCCUUUAAGACAUCAUCAUUGGAUGAGAUCACUUAUUCCUGUUUGAAGGAGAGAAUAUGCAAGAAGAAGAGCAUAGAUCCGUGUUUAAAGAGGAUGAAUCUGAGUUACAUUCCACUGGUAGUAGAACCUAAGAGGCAAUCAUAUAUUUUGGAUGAUGAAGAUGUGUAUGUGUAUCUGACAUUAGUGGAUAAAGAGGGAAGAAGAAGUAUUUUGCAUAUAGAGGUCAUCGAAGAUAUGAAAAUAGUUCCAGUAAUGGAGCAACAAUCAGUAGUUGAGAAAGAAAGCUCAUAUGGUGGGAACUAUAGUGAGAUUGCGAGUGGAUUACCCGAAGUUGAAGGUAAUCAGGGUGCACUCACUCUAUUUUCUCGCAUUGAAGAAGCAUAACUAUAUCUGCCGGGGGCUGAACAGGUGGAGAAUGUUGUUAUAAAUGGAGAAGCCGACGAAAGGGGCAUUAAUGUUGUUAAUGGAGAAGCCGGCGAAGGGGGCAUUAAUGUUGUUAAUGGACAAGCCGGCGAAGGGGGCGUGGACAGUGAGGGCGACGUGGAUAACUCUAUGGGUGUUCGUCCUAGUUCGUACUAUGUUGAGCUCCCACGUGUUGCAAAAGAAAAUCCAGUGGUUAAGGAGUGGGAAGAUGGUUUGGGUCUUCAGUUGUUUCAAGAAUUUGAGAGUAAAGAAGCUGUGAAAGAUAUUAUUGAUAGAGCAUCACAGGAGAACUGUUUCGGAAUCAGUAUUUGCAAGUCGGACAGGGGUCGAUAUGUGGUGAAAUGUCGGGGAGCUGAUGAAGGUUGUAAAUGGAGUGUGAGAACAACAAAGAUAAAUAAUUCUGAAGCGUUCUCGAUUAGAACAUACAGGAAUAUGCAUUCAUGCUCUCGCGUAACUUCAAGUACUGGAAAGAAAAGGAAAGUUACACCAAGAUGUGUUGCAGCUAUAGUGCACAAGGAUUAUCCGGGACUAUAAGAGACACCAACAGCGAAAAUCCUAAAAGGUCUGGUACAAAGGAAAGUGGGUGUGGAAGUGUUGUAUACGACAUGUUUGAGAGGAAAAAAACUAGCUGUUGCGGAUAUUCGUGGUGAUCCCGAGAAUGGAUAUAGAAUAUUGUCUGCUUAUUUGUAUAUGUUAGAGAAGGCGAACCCGGAUACCAAAACAAGUUUGGUAGUGGAUAAAGACAACCGGUUCAGAUACCUAUUUGUUGCGCUGGGAGCCUCCAUUGAAGGGUUUGAAUACAUGAGGAAAGUCAUCACUGUGGAUGCAACUUUCCUGAAGACUAUUGAAGGUGGUUGUUUAAUUAUUGCCACGGCUCAGGAUCCAAACCUUCACCAUUAUCCAAUAGCCUUUGCUGUGGUUGAUGGGGAGAAAAACGAAAGCUGGAAGUGGUUUUUCACGACGCUGAAAACUGUUAUACCGGAUUCGACGGAAUUGGUGUUUGUUUCAGACAGAAAUCCAAGUCUGAUAAAAGCUGUUGCUGAAGUGUAUCCGAUGUCUAAACAUGAGUAUUGUAUCUGGCAUAUAUCGCACAAUGUGAAAGGUCAUGUCAAUCAUGGCAGGGAAGAGGUUGCACUACUAUUCCGAAAGGUUGCAUGUCUUUAUUCAGAGCCUGAGUUUAAAAAGCAGUAUGACGAUUUUAGGGAGAGGUAUCCAUCGUGUGCUAGGUAUCUUGAUAAAAGUGUCGAAGUCGAACGGUGGGCGAAGUGUCAUUUCCCCGGUGCUAGGUACAACAUAGACACCUCUAAUUGUGCGGAGUCUUUGAAUGCGGUAUUUGAAAAGGCGCGAAGGAUGUCUUUAUUGCCUAUGCUUGAUACAAUUAUUGAGAAAAUGUCUGAGUGGUUCAACAUACAUAGGAAGGAUGCAGCAGAAGGACCGUCAUCUCGAAAAUUGGUUCCUUUGGUGGAGAACAAAUUGCAUAACAGAACACCGAAAGGUUCUAAACUUACAGUGACUCUGCUGAACACUUUUCAGCUUGAAUACAAUGUUAUUGGAGCAGACAGAAAGACUUAUUUUGUGGAUUUGCAACAUAAAAUGUGCAGUUGCAGGAAGUUUGAUAUAGAUAAAUACCCAUGUAGACAUGCAAUAGGCGCUAUCAUUAAGUGUUUGAAGCAUGAUAGACCAUUACAGUUGAGUGACAUGUACGAUUUCAUUUCGAAAUAUUACUUCAUUACACUGUGGGCCAAAGCGUAUCGAAGGACUAUAUAUCCAGUCCCUCAUAUAACUCAUUGGAUGGUUCUAAAAGAAAUCGCGGCGGCGAAGUGUCCUCUACCUCCAGACUACAAGAAAAGAAAGGGAAGACAUCAGGAAAAAAGGCAUCCUUCGGCGGGAGAAAGUCGGCCCCGUCCCCGUCCUAAUAAGUAUAUCCCGAAUAGGGGUCUGGCUAGCUAUUUCAACUGCUCGCAGGGAACUGAGGGAACUGAAGGAGCUGAAGGAACUGAAGGAGCUGAAAGAGCUGAAGGAACUGAAGGAAGUGAAGGAACAGAAGAAACUGAAGGACCUGAAGGGACUCAAGGAACACAAAGCACUCAUGGAACUGAAGGACCUGAAGGAACAGAAGGAACAGAAGGAACUGAAGUGUUAUAUGAAUGUGAACCUUAGUGAAACCUGAUUAAAGUGAUUUCGUUUUAUGUUUGUAAAACUUGGUGAAACUUUCGUUAUGUAACCUUUCGUUAGUUGAUGAUUUAUAUUACAGUUGCGAUGACAUAACUUAUCCAUGUUCUAGGAAGAUGACGUGACGUAUUCAACAUGUUGUGAAAUCCAAAAAACUUCGAGUGAAAAAAUUAUAAUCCGGAACACAUUUUCUGUCGAAUGGGAAGGGAAUACAUCAUUGUUAGCUAUAUUUUUUGUAUACACUACCUCGUGGGAUUAGAAAAGUUACAUAUGUCACGAAAUCAAAUUUUAUUCUACAUGAGCACAUCUAAAACGUUGAUAGAAAAUAGAAUAUAUCAGGUAUAACCAUAAAAUCAAUCAUCUAAGUACAGUAAAACCAACAAAAUCGGAAAAAACAGAAAAGUAAAACUUUAAAGGUUUUUGUAUAACUACAAACUAAGUGAAACUAUAAGCACGAAAAUCUUUCACCAAAAAAUCCCGCCCAGUUUUUUGAAUUUUCCCACCCAUUUUUUCGAUUUUUGACUUUCCACAAAAUCGAUGCGGAGGCGACGUAGAUGUGUAUUAAACCCGCCAUUUACCUCAGCCAAUCUCUCUCUCUACUAUUCAAUCUCUCUCUAGAUUUCUCUCUACAAUCGGUCCCUCUUCUUUCUAGAUUUCUAGGUUACUCAGAAUCAUGACUCAUCCAGACGAGGAGUAUAGGCAGAUGAAGGCUUGGAAGAGAGACACCAACAUGCUUGGCUGCGUGGCGGAUGCCGAGUGUGGGAUUCCGACCAGAUGCCCUUGUGGGGGGACAAUCAUCAACGAGGUGUCUCGGAACCUGAAGUAUCCAACCGAUUUUGAUACUUUACCGGGGAGAAAAUACUUCACUUGCAAAAAUUAUGAGAAUUAUGGCUUCCAUUUCCGUCAACCAUGGGUCUUCGGAGUCCAGGAAGAGGUUGAAAUGUUAAGGAAGCGUGUGGAUGCGAUGGCUGCAGAGAUUGCUGAACUGAAGUAUAAUCUAACCCGUCAGAAUCCCACCACUCCAUGAGAUGCGUCCGGUCCAUGACAUUAGUCUACUAUCUGUUGUUGUUGUUUGCUUGAGAUUCUGAUUUACUAAGACUCUUCGUAUUUACUAAAAUAUCCUUAUUCUCCCUCAUUCACGAUCUACGAAAUAUCAUAAAUUAACGAAGUUACACUAAGUUGAAAGUGAAACUUACUAAAGUUUCCCUAUUCUCCCUCUUUCAUGAUCUACGAAAUAUCAUAAAUUCACGAAGUUACACUAAGUUGAAAGUGAAACUUACUAAAGUUUCCCUAUUCUCUUUCUUUCACGAUCUACGAAAUAUCAUAAAUUCACGAAGUUACACCAAGUUGAAAGUGAAACUUACACUAAAGUUUCCCUAUUCUCCCUCUUUCACGAUCUACGAAAUAUCAUAAAUUCACGAAGUUACACUAAGUUGAAAGUGAAACUUACUAAAGUUUCUCUAUUCUCCCUCUUUCACGAUCUACGAAAUAUCAUAAAUUCACGAAGUUACACUAAGUUGAAAGUGAAACUUACACUAAAGUUUCUCUAUUCUCCCUCUUUCACGAUCUACGAAAUAUCAUAAAUUCACGAAGUUACACUAAGUUGAAAGUGAAACUUUCUAAAGUUUCCCUUUUCUCCCUCUUUCACGAUCUACGAAAUAUCAUAAAUUCACGAAGUUACACUAAGUUGAAAGUGAAACUUACUAAAGUUUCCCUAUUCUCCCUCUUUCACGAUCUACGAAAUAUCAUAAAUUCACGAAGUUACACUAAGUUGAAAGUGAAACUUACACUAAAGUUUCCCUAUUCUCCCUCUUUCACGAUCUACGAAAUAUCAUAAAUUCACGAAGUUACACUAAGUUGAAAGUGAAACUAACACUAAAGUUUCCCUAUUCUCCCUCUUUCACGAUCUACGAAAUAUCAUAAAUUCACGAAGUUACACUAAGUUAAAAGUGAAACUUACUAAAGUUUCCCAAUAUAUAACAUAAGUCUUAAAUACCAGUCUUCAACAUGAAUAUCCUUCAACAUCAAACAAGAAAGUCAUACAAACCGAAUAGAGUUCAUCCACAUUAAAACAACCACAUACGGAAUUCACUCGGUCUUUUUACGUACUUUCUUUGUCUUCGGCUUCUUCUGCUUCUUCUUAGCUGGUGUCUUCUUCUUAGCUGUUGCCUUCUUCUUAGCUGCCUCCUUUUCAGCUGCUGCCUCGUUCUCAGCUGCUGUCUCCUUCUCAGCAGCUGCCUUCUUCUUAGCUGCCGCAGCUGCCUUCUUCUCAGCAGCUGCCUUCUGCUUCUUUGCACCUCUGGUCCUCUUCUCUGCUGCCCUGCUUCUUAGCUGAAUGGGACUCCUCACAUUAUCACCACGGUCCACCUUAACCUUUUUCACAGGAACUGCUUCUUUGCCAUCAUCUUUUCUCGACCUCUUUUUUUCGUGUUUAUAGACUCUGCUGCCUUAGUCUUUAAUUUUUUUUCGGCCUCCACAGCAUGUGCAUACAUCUCCGCAUCAUCAUCAUCCAUGUCAACAUCACCAUAUUCCCUCUGCACAUCCUUUGAAAUAUCGAGAAUGGCAUCUUCAACAUCAUUGUCACUACCAUCCUCUUCGUCUGGCUCAUUAUUGUCACCACCAUCCUCUUCCUCCGACUCCUUAUCCCCACCCACAUCACCAUCCUCUUCUUCCGACUCGCUAUUGUCACUACCAUCACCAUCAUCUUGGACCGCCGGAUUGUCACUUCCGGGAACACUCCACCUAAGACUUUUCACCUCCUCUUCUAGAAGACCUAGCUGCGUAGACAAUGAAGUGACUUUUUCCUUCACUCCCUUCAUAGCAUCUCGAACUGCAUCUCGGACUGCAUUCAUAAGCCGACCUUCCAUCGCUUUUAAAGCCUCAGCUCCAGGAGUAGCUCCAGUAGCCUCCACCGAAUCUGCAUGAGCCUACCCAUAUUGUGCAUUAUUCGAUGGUCCUCCGAUAGGAUUGGUGGGACCUUCAAUCUGACCUGUGCGAGACUCAAAAUCCAUGCGGAACUGUUCUUCAAAGAAAACUUGUUUCUUCCCUUUCCGUAUUAUCUUCGUCCAACGAUCAACUGCUGCAUCAUCGGCGUCAUCGGCCCAACAACUCUCCUUGUCCAUUCUUAUGGUUUCCAGAAGUUCCUCCUCAGCUGCUGUUGCUACCAAGAUACUCUCAAUAUCCUGUGGUAAAAACACAAAAAAGACUAAUUACCUUAGUUUCACCAAGUUUUCAUAAGUCUCAUAAGUCCCUUCUCCUCAAUUCGACUACACAUAAAACAUCAAUUACCUUUGUAUUAUUACCAAGUUUAUCGUUCACAGCUUUCAGACUGAAUUCCUUGGUUCCACUUUUCCGUUUGUACUGCAUCUUGCACAUCCGCGGGCAACCACUGCUUGCACCAUACACAUCUUCUCGGAAAUGGUUCCUCAAGCUUGGAAUUGCCUCAAAGGCCAACAACUACCAACACACAACAAAGAGACAUUAACAUCAAUUAAACAACUAUGUUAAAGAGAGCUUGAGAAUACCUCCAGAGGGAUAGGAAAGCUUGUAAAAACCCAACUCGUCGCCGCAACCCCGUCGCAUUUCUCCAAAAAGCUAGAGACAUCCUUCAAGUUAUGUUCGAAUGCAUACCGCCCCCAAAGGAACGUUACACACGCAUCUAGGUCAUCAACAACACGCAGGAAGAAACUGUCCACAGGUGAUGCUCCCUCACCACUCUUUCGGCCUCCGACAAGGAUGCUGGCUAAGAAGAACAGAACGGCCAUCUUCUUACGAUCCUCAGAUGGCUUUGAUUUCAUUGCCAACAUCUUCUUCUCCAGGUCAGCGUAUGUUACCUUUCUCCCUCCAAAAUACUUGUUCAUGAAUGUUGUACCACCCAACCUCUCAUGGUUGGGGGGAUACUCAUGGCAGUAUAGACCAGAAAUGAGUCCUAAUUCUCUAAGAGAAUAUCAGAUUGGGACGCCAUUAACGACAAACCAUAACUCAUGGUUCAGAUGUAGUACUUAGGGAUCGAAUCCACAAAGAGCUACGGAACAAUUAAAUCUACUGUUUCUUAAUUGUAAGAGUUGUAAAUGUUUAAAUGAAGUAGCAAUAGUAACAAGCGAAGUAAAUAGUAAAUGUAACUUGGUUGGAAAUGAUAUUAGAUGCAGAGCCACUAUUCAGGUGUUGGAGAUUAUAAUAUAUAUAGAUGCCUAAUUGUUGCAUGCAUGAUACGUUAGAGCUCAAUCGCUUAACUCAGUGAUCAGCUGUUGCAUGUUUCACUGGUUAACAGGCUAGAUCUCGUGUCUUGACGGUUAGUAUGUUGACAAUGAGAGAGUGUCAAUCGAUGGUCCUAUUGGGACAUCGACCGAUACACCUUUGCCUACGUCGACCGAUAGUCAGUAGAGGACAUCGAUCGACAGGUUCUAGCCAGGCAUAUGCGCGAGUUUGAUAUGCCCUAUUAAGAUACUAAAUUGGCGGUUAGCCCUCUCUAGCAGUCCUAAUAUGGUAGAUAGAUGUCAGGAUGGGAUAACAAGGGUGCUUAAGUAUGCAAUCCUAUGAUCAAGUUCUAGUUAGCUAGGCUAAAACAAGCAAUGAAUACAAAUCUAUCAUGAAUAUCACAACAA